UGGAAUGCCGCGAUGAUGUGCACACGUGGUGCAGAGAAGCAGCAGCUUGCCGUAAUGCAUUCUGUACCGCUCGAUGCAAUAUCACCAGCGCUUCCUCCAUCAUGGUGAAGCAGCGCCGGCGUUCCCCCGUUCCUCUGCUUCAGCUCACGCCCACCAACCCUCGGGCCGAAGCUCUGGAUUUGUCGUAGCCACAAUUCCUUGUCGCCGAGUUUCCGCAGUCCCUUGGAGCAACCCUCGUUCCGAUCAGUCCCCUCCCAUGGCGACGGCCGCUUUCGCCUUCGCGUCGUCAAUGAUAGCCCGCCAGGUCACUCGUUCCUUCACAGCAUCCCACGCAGUGGCGGCGUGCGCGUCCGCAUCGGCGUCUGCGUCGGCGUCGGCGUCGGCCGCGGCGGCGGCGGCACCGCCAUCACCCGUUUCGCAACAGGCACUCCGCGCCAUGGCGGCUUCCCGCUGGAACGAGCUCUGGGGCAGCUCGUACACAGGCGGAAGCGCGCGCUCCCGCGCGCAGGGGCGCUUUGAGACGCCCCCGUCCCUCGGCGGGGCUGCGCUUCCGCUGCCAGGCGCGCAAACGCUGGGAGCCCCCUUCCCCUUGCGCACAUCUCGACCCCCCGCGAACGACCACCAGGGGCUUUCGUUCCGAUGCCUUCAUGGCUCCCGGGGCGACCAGAAGCAGCAGCCGCCGCAGCCUUUUGUCUGCUAGUGGCGGCGCUAGUGGCGGCGCUAGCGCCAGGGGAGUUGCCUCGGAUGCUGCCGCGGAUGCUGCCGCGCAAGAGGCGACCUCGCGGCCCUCGAAGGAGUGGCGGAUGUUGCCGCUGGGGUACCGCCCCGCGCACGCGGUGGCGCUGCAGGAGCGCAUCGAAGAGAUGUGGGAGGCGCGCGCGGGGCGGGAAGGGGGAGGCGGGGAGGGUGCGGGGGAAGGCAGCGGGAGAGAAGGAAGGGGGCGAGGGAGCGAAGGAGAGUGUGAAGGAGGAGGAGCGGCGCGAGUUGGAGGCGCUAAAUUGGGCGUUCAGUCAGCUGCCGGUGUCGUGCUCGAAAUCCCCUCCGACGCUCGUCUCUCGGACGCUCUUCGACUGCUGCAGAAGUCCGGGCUCAUGGCGGCACCCGUCAGGGACGUGGCAGCGAGGGAAGACGCGCCUCUGCAGCAGCGGUACCUCGGCAUGGUGGAUGGCGCGGGCAUCGUGCUGUGGGUCAUGGGGCAGCUCGACCGUUCGUCUGCAGAACUCCGCAUGGCAGCAGCAGCAGGGGGAGGCUUGGCCGGGCUGGCAGUGGCAGGGCUGGGCGCAGCAGCGUUGGGCGCUCCAGAUGCUGCCGCGUUGGCGGCCAUGUGGGCAGGAUCAAUGGCUGGCGGGCUGCUGGGCUCCAAGUCAGCAGAGGCGCCGGGGGAGGGGGAGGCAGGGGGAGGGGUGGAGCGCGUAAGAGUUUCGGCAGGGGGACUUGACCGGCUGCUGCAGAGAAACGUGUUUCAGACGACUAUGGUAAGUUGGUGUCUGAACUGGUGGGGUCCUUCCGCUGGCGCUCAUUCCUCCCCCUCUCCUCGUCCGACUCAGUCCUCUCUCUCAUGCUGCUGGCUCGCCAUGCCCCACCGCCCCCAAGUGCUCCCCAUCGUCACCUACCCCCCACCUCCUCCUCUCCCUUCUCUCCUCUCCUUCUCCUCCUCUCCCUUCUCGUCUCCCUCCGCCUCCUCUCCUGCGUCCUCCUCUCCCUCCUCCCCCACUCCAUCCUCCCUUCUCUCCUCCUCUCCCUCCUCCUCCCCUCCCUCCUCCUCCUCCGCCACUUUUCCUGCUUCCACUUCUGCCGAGCCUGCUGCUGCAGCUUCGUCACUAGGUUCGGAGACCGCCCCUGUGCCGAGCCUGUCAGCCCUGGUGUCGCAGGCUGAUGUGGUGAAUUUCCUGGCGGAGUGUGACGGGCAGCCGUGGUUCGAGUGGGUGGCGGGGAGAAGGCUGAGUGACAUGGGGCUCCCGAGAAUGGACAAAGAAUCGACUGUGAAGGUGCAGGAGUCGGACCCGGUAAUGGAGCCGUUCCGUCUGAUGCUUCAGCACGACAUCGGCGGAGUGCCCGUGGUGGCGCCGGGGACCAACCGCAUCACGGCAAACAUCAGCGCGAGGGACAUUCUGCAGCUGCUGACGUCACCGCACCUGGCGGAGCAGCACCACCUCAAGCGCUGACGGUAGCAGAUCUCCUGUAUGACGCGCAGCGCCCGCACCACGGCACGGCUGACGUCAUCUGGCCGAUCAUGGUGCCACCAGUCACAUGCCACCCGUCACCUCGCUGCGGGAGGUGCUGCACGCGUUCCGGGUGGCGCGCGUGCACCGCAUAUACGUCACCCAGGAGGGGGGUGAGAAGAGUGGGGAUCUGCUGGGAGUGGUCACGCUGAAGGAUGCAAUUGGGCGGUUCUUGAGGGAGGUGCUGCAUGCGUUCAGGGUGGCGCGCGUGCACCGCAUGUACGCCACUGAAGAGGCGAAAGGCAGUGGGGGGGGAGUGGGGAGCUGCUGGGAGUGGUCACGCUGAGGGAUGCGAUUGGGCGGUUCCUGGUGCGGCAGGAGGAAGAAAAGGGGGAGGAGAGGAGGGGAGAGGGGAAAGAGGAGCCGGGUCCGACCACGGAGGUUGGGUCGGAUGGGCUCAGCCUGUAGGGGGGAGGGAAGCGGAGGGAAGGUCACGGAAUGGGGAGGGCAGGGCACGUGCCACCUGUCCCCCACGCUGAGGGAGGUGCUGCUCUGCACGUGUUCCGAGUGAUGAGUGUGCACCGCAUAUACGUCACACAGCACAUACCAUAAGAUGGGCUUGUCCUUCAGGGGGAAGGGCGGCGAUGGGAGGGAGGGGAGGGAGCGGAGGAGGAAGGCAUUGGGGUUAACGGCUAUGCUCAAUGGGCCCCUAUGGAAUGGAGGAGAGAUUGUGAGUUGGUGUUCCGGCUGUUGCGAACAAUGCUGCUGGCUUGCGUGUGUGUGUGGUUGGGGUGGCCUAGAUUCCGGCCGCUGCUGUUGGAUGUGUGCUGUGUGCUGUGUGCUGUGGCGCUCCCUUCCCACAGCUCUGGCAACAGGAGAAGUCGAGUCCAGACACGGUGGUGCAUUUUGUGUACAUAUCUACCAAACACCCACCCUUGAUGGCUUCCUGUUUCCGGAAGAACUGACUGAACCCUGAUAUGCUGUCUUAAUCUUUGUACAUACGCUGCCUGGCAAUCUAAUGUGUUCAUCUCCAUUGAUUGGGGUGGGAAGUAGACAUGGGCUUGGUUGCUGUAUGUAAAACACUCUGGCUGGCUGGCACCAAAUGCA